AAUGCCGCUUAUUAUUAUUUUGUGUUCAUCGCGCGGUUGUUUAACUUAAAUAUAGUGGCGUCCCCGCGUCCCUCCACCUCAAUAUCCUCAGACCAUGAGCCCGGUGUUGGUUGUGCUUGCAAUGUGCGCACUGGCAAGAGCUGAUCGCUACGCGGACUACGCAGGAGCGAGCAUGCCUCAUUAUAGCAUGGAGGAAGGAAGCCGAGAUGCCGCACCGCAAUCGGAAGAUUACCCUGAGCGGUCACCCGAUGUGGACGCACCGAUCGCUUUCGAUUAUAAGUACGAAGAGGAGUUACGAGAUAAUGAAAACAACUUGCCAAUGAAGUUUGACGAGGAAAACUGGCACACUCCAGGCAAAGGCUUAAAGGAGCCGCUAAAUCUCCCUGAUGAUGAUGAACUGCAAAAGCAUGGAGAGGAAUCAGUCCCGAAAGUCAAAGCAAGUGAUAAAAAUGGUAGACACCGACCACGUAUGAGAAAUAAAGGAGUUGAUAGAGGAGAAGAAAACUAUAGACGAAAGGCAGCUUCUGAAGUUCGAAGUCAAAGAAUCGACAAGGACAUUGUAAAUAAUAGAAAUGAUUAUUAUUAUACAAAUAAGGGUCGUACGCGUGAAGAUAAUAGAAUAGAAUCCGAUGAUGUUAAUUUUAGAGGGACAAAAGAGAAAGUGAUUAGAAGAAAACCACGAGAUAGAAGGAUAAAUCAUAGGAGGUUAGACGUUGAUGCUGAAGAUGUUGACGAAGAUUCGAAAUCCUUGGAAAGUGAUGGAGCGAAACCCUUAAAAAGAGAUGAUGAAGCUGAGUAUGUUCAGAAUCGCAGGGAAAAUUCUCAGCUCAAGGUCGAGAGACACCCCCGCCCCGUUCCUAAAAAAACCAGAAUGCGAAAUAAGAACUACCCAGUUUACGAUGAUGACUAUGAUGAUAUGAAAAGAAUCCAUGCUAUGAAAAGUAAAAUUCCUGAUCUACUACGCAAGACACAAGCAAGCACUACGGAGGUGCGAAGCGGCAGCCCCGUGCAAGAAUUUCCGUACCGUCGCGCCAAUCUGCCACAAACUACUACAGGAGCUUCUACUGAGACCUCCUCAACUACAGCACGGCUGGGAGUCGGAUCUAAGCUGACUAGCGUGAACGACGGAGCCUCUCAAAGUGUACCAAAUUCGACAGACUUAUCGUUAGCAGAAAAGUCACGGUUGUCAAUCCUGAAAAAGGCUCAGAGGAAAGACGAUAUUAAGAACGUGGCAUUGACCUCUAAGCCACCGGUACUGAUGCAGGUGACGAGACGUAUGAACACCUUGGCGAUGGUGGAACCGGCUCAAAAAUACGUGAUCUUAAGUGCGCGGGAAGUGUUCGACGAGUCGCCUGACAGAAUUGGCAAAGCCAAGAAACUUAUGCGUAAGAAGUUAAUGGCUGGUGCCCAAAGCUUGCAAGAUCUAACCGAUCAUUGGGAUGAGAUGGUCUGUGACUAUAUAGACGUUUCUUUACUAGAUUGCUCACGCUCAGCGUGUCCUACUUUAGGCGUACUGUUUUUAAGUCUGUUGACUCUAAAGUGGACAUAUUACACAUAUAAAGCAACCAGCCCGGCCGCGAGCGUCGCCCAGCGAGAGCUGAAAGCUUUACUUGGCCACCGGCAAAGACAAGAAGCUCCAAGAUCAACGCAACCUACCCCGAACGAAAACUACCUCCCUUCCACAUUCCCCCCUAACGCGGUUAACCCCGCUGUGGACGAAGAGUGGGUUUUUUUCCUGGGUGCCAAUGGUGCACUAAAAAUAGUGCAAUCUGCAUUAUAUAGGCGUGUUUUCCGAUUAGCAGCAGUGUCGGAACGCCUGGGGAUCACAUGUUUCAGCAGUUCGGCAGUACUGGCGAGCGACACCUGCGGGGCCGAGCGCGCCUCCGCGGCGGCGCGCGAGAUGGCGCCACGGGUCCGGCGCAGUGGCGGCGGAUUGAUUGCGGCGCGGGGGGCGGCGCGCGGGGCGGUGCGGCACACACGCGGCCGGUCGGGAGCUGCGAGCGAACGGUUGCUUCCAUUUAUUUAUUCGCGGCGGCUCGCGCGGGCCGGAGGUCGCUCGAGUGUGUGCGGGGCCGGCGUAUCCUCGUCCGGUCGACCGGUGUCGUUACUACCCCGUCGGUGUUAA